AUGAUUGAUCAAAGUAGGAGUUGGAAUAAAACAUUCAUUCAUUGUUGUGACUUGCACCGUAUCAGUCCUGUUUCAUUUACUGUCCGGAUCCGAACGCCUGGGACCAAGCCAAGGAAUCGCUACACUACAACUGUCGACGACUCUGGGAUCGAACCAAGCGGCCAAUCAUCAUCUGCGGAAAAUCAUUCUCAAGAAAGGAAAAGUGAAGACGCUGAGAAAAUGGCUUCGCUAAACUUCAAUAUACCACCGUUUUCCGAGGUCGGCGACGGAUCGACAAGUACGCGGUGGGCGUUAUGGAAGGACCAGUUUCUCUCUUACCUGACCCUGAAAGGCAUCGACGAUCACGAGGACAUGUUCAACGCUUUGAUGUGCUUUGGCGGAGCCGACGUCCGUAAAAUUGCGCGCGAUGUCAACGUCAGCGAGUCGGCCGUCGUGGACAACCUUUACAGAUUGGCUAUGGAAGUUUUAGAUAAUUACUACGCCCCAAGGAUGUCACAGAGGUACGAAAGGUUCAAGUUCCGUCAGCUGAUGUUCAACCCUAAUGAGAGAAUUGACAAAUUUGUGAUUCGACUGAAAGAGCAAGCUGCUCAGUGCGGUUUCGGAGAUCAAGUUGAAGGUAUGAUUAUGGAUCAGGUUGUGUUCGCCACCCAGUACGACGAUAAACUCCGUGCCAAGUACCUAGAAGCUGACUCAAGCCUGGAGAAAAUGCUGGAAAUUGCACGCACGUAUGAAUCGGUAAAAUCACAAAUCCAAGAGCUUCGAGGCAAAUCCACUCCAACGACGGUUGAGCUGAAUGCGGUUGGUGAAAUGGCGAAUAAUCUCAAACAAGGUAAGAUGUCCUGCUCCAGGUGCAUGGGAAACCAUCUAGCAAGUGAUGAAUGUUGCCCCGCGAAAAACUCCCGCUGUGGCAAAUGCAGCAGGCUAGGACACUACGCGAGGUGCUGUAAAGUACCGCAUUUCCGAGCAAGCGGAUAUCGAUCAGUUCAGAGGCCAGCACCCUAUAAAAAUCGUGAGCGUAAGGAGAAGUUUGUACGAGAGGUGGAUGAUGUGACGAAUGCUGUACAAAUCCGCGAGUUGUUCCAUCUUGAAGGUAAACGAACCGUAAGUGCUACAGUUGGAGGAGUAAACGUUCGGUUCAUUAUCGACACCGGAGCAGACGAAGAUGUGCUUAGCGUUGAGGACUGGAAGACCUUGAAACGUGUCGGAUUCAAUGCAUUCGACGUCAGGAAGGGGAGUGACAAAGUCUUCCGCGCAUAUGGAUAUAUGAAGUCGUUGGACGUCCUAGGUGAAGUAGAUGCUCGAGUUGCUGUUGGCGAGAAACAUUUCGAUACAACGCUUUAUGUCAUCCGAGAUGGCAAAUGCUCUCUGCUUUCGGGUAGGACCGCAGAAGCCCUAGAACUAAUUAAGUUUCUGCACGCUGUAAACAAUGAAGCAUUACCCUGCAUCAAAGGUGAGCAAAUUUAA